AUGUCUGUCUUUUCCUUGGAAGUGGCAAAGACUAACCCAGUAGAUGGGAGAGUUCUUGAUGAAAAUUUGGCGACUCUUGGAGUUUCUGUAAAAGAAGAAGAGAAAGAUGACUAUCAACGACUUCUUGCCGUGUUCCACGAGUCUGUUGUGGAACUCGUGUCAUUGCCAGAUUAUGUGCCGCCAGUUGACGAGGAACGAUUCCCUAGGGAGGACAUCAGAUUCCCCGAGGCAUCAGACAACCCUUUGGGAGCCUGGGCAUGGCGGUGUCGUGUGGAAGACAAAACCAGAAAUGGUGGCCUACUUGCCGGCAAAAAGAUUGCAAUCAAAGACAACAUCGCCGUAAAAGGCGUUCCCAUGCUUCUUGGUACCGAUUUCGUCAAAAACUAUGUUCCGAGCACAGACGCGACUUGUGUAACGAGGCUACUCAGAGCAGGGGCAAUUAUUGAGGGCAAGUCCGUAUGUGAAAACAUGUGUCAUUCAGCGACGAGCAGUUCAUCCUCAACGGGCCAUGUUCAUAACCCCUACGCGAAGGGCUACAGCAGUGGCGGUAGCUCGAGUGGCUCCGGUGCUCUCGUUUCCAACGGAGACGUUGAUAUGGCUCUUGGUGCAGAUCAAGGAGGUUCCAUCCGUGUCCCUGCCGGCUCCAAUGAGCCAACCAACGACUAUGUUGGACCCAUGACACGAACGUUGCUUGACAACGCAUUGAUGCUGCAGGUCAUCUCAGGGAACGACAACAUCGAUGACAGGUCUUUUCCUGCACACACACCCGACAAUGUUCCCAAGUACUAUCACAACUUGAUUCAGUUGAAAAGUCCGAAAGAUCUAUCCGGCUUCAAGAUUGGCAUCCUUGCAGAAGCAAUGAAUCAACCAUCUGUUGAAACACGGGUCAAAAUAUGUGUCGAGGCCGCGAUUCAGGGUUUCCGCGAACUUGGAGCGACCGUUGAAGAAGUGUCAAUCCCCUUCCACUCUAAAGGAGCGGCUAUUUGGACCGCAAUUAGCAAGACCGGGGGGUAUCUAGCAAAGAGAAAUCUCGCCUUUGGUAGACGGGGCCACGCCAUGAACGACUUGACACAGAAGUUCCAAACCUUGACACAGGACCAGUGGGAUAGCGCCUACGUCUCCUCGAAAAAUAUCUACCUCAACGGGGUAUACGCGCAAGCUGCAUUUCCGGGACUGCUUGGCAAGGCAACAAAUCUUAGUCGGAAGCUCCGCGAUGAUUACGAUCGCGCCCUUUCGCACUAUGACAUCCUCGUGGCACCAAACUUGCCUUACGUCGCCAACUCUCACACCCGUUACGAUGCAUCGCCUUUGGAGAAGGUUGGAAAGCAAAUCGGACUUACUGCCAACACAGCACCUUUCAACCAGUCUGGACACCCAGUGUUAGCGAUGCCUAUUGGCAUGCUGCCGAUAGAGGAGGGCCUUCUAGCAGGGUCUGGAACGAAGUUGCCCGUCAGUAUGCAACUGAUUGGAAAGUGGUGGCAUGAAGAAGACGUCUACCGAGUUGCCUACGCUUGGAGUCUGCAGUAUGACUGGAAGAAAAUGUGA